AUGGGGUACUCCUAUCUUGGAAGUCAAAUCCGUGAGAUCGCCGGCGAAAUGGCCCGGAUCUUGUGCAGCGAGGAUCAAGAGCGCAAGUGCCGAUUCACCGACUUCGUACCAGGACCAAACUGGUACUACGGCUUCCUCACAAGACGGAAGAAUAUCAUAAGACCGAGGAGGCCAAGCAGACUGGAUCACUUGAGGGCAGAAAUGUCCAGGAGAUCAAUUUUAGAGGCGUACUUUGGGAAACUUCUAGAGGUUCUCGAGAAGUACAACCUGCGUGAUUGUCCUGCCCAGAUAUACAACGUCGAUGAAACAGGAAUCACGAGAGAUCACAAGCCACCGAAAUCUCUGGGGCCGAGCCAAGGAGCAUUCAAUGCUGUCUCGUGUGGACGGGGUCCAAUACACACCAUCAUUGCCUGUGGGAAUGCCAUGGGAAAUCGGCUCACGCCAUACAUCAUCUUCAAGGGGGCAAGGGUUCGACAAGAGUGGACGGAGGGGACUUUGUCAGGGACAGGUAAUAAUGCCACAAAGACCGGCUGGAGCAACAGUGCUACCUUUCUCCAAUGGUUCAAGGGUCACUUCCUACCACAAGUUGGGUCAGUUAGGCCGCUUCUUCUGCUGUAUGAUGGCCAUUCUACCCACAUCAGCGUGCAGAUUAUCGAAGAGGCCCGGUUGGAAGGAGUGCAUUUAUUUGUCAUACCUCCACACACGUCCCACAUCCUACAACCCCUUGACGUGGGCUGCUUUGCUCCUUUCAAGGCCACCUACAACAGAGCAGUUCACAAUUGGCUCCACAAGUACAAGAACACAGGUCGCAUUCUGGUCGAAGAAGACAUCGCCUCGCUGGCAUGCAAAGCUUACAUGAUGGGAAUUAGCAGUGACAGUUUAGUAUCAUCCUUCAGAUGCACUGGAAUUUGCCCAUUCAACCCUGACGUCGUGCUGAGCAAGCUCCCUGAGCAACCGGAGAGGGGAAGUUCUUCCAUCCAUGGUCUAUUCGCCCCUAUCGAGAAGUUUCCAUCAUCUCCAGAAGUGUUCGCCAGGCGACCAAAAGCAAUCAGAAGUGCCCGAAUGCUGACGGAGGAAGACGAAUACCUCAAGGUUAAAAGUAAACAAGGAGGCCGCAAAUCGAAGGAGCCGACUCCGCAAGCAGCAGACCUAGCACUAGCAGCAGACCUCUUGGCACCAGCAGCAGACCACUUGGCACCAGCAGCAGACCACUUGGCAGCAUCGUACGACGAGUCACCACCGAUGUCCCCCAUGCCUCCGCCAUUGUCGCCGCUAAUCACACCGUCAAUGCCCAUACCGACUAUAGCGUCAUCCGCCACGGAAGCACCCAAGUCCCCACCGCUGCGGGCCACGUGCACGGCGUCACUGCCGCAGUCGCAAGAGCCAUCUACCAGCAGAUGCUGCCGAAAGGCUUCUUCUCCCGACCCAUCAUCAGAUGAUGUGAGCGAUGAGGACGACAACUGUGUUGUUUGCAACAGAAGAUGGCCGAAAAAUGUCAAGAAAACUGGAGGUCCAAAGAUAAUACUUUGGGCCCGAUGCGACAAGUGCUACAGCUGGGUUCACCUGAAGUACUGUUGCAACAGAGUGACGGAACCAACGCUCGAAGAAGAAUUUCUGUGUCCCAUUUGCAGCGUUGGAACGAGGAAAAGGGAACUAUAAAUAACAUGCACACGGUCACAAAUAUAUGAACAAUAUGUUUUAAUAACUUCAGUGUACGUGGGGAUAUGUAUUAUUUUUUUUACUUUCCAGUAUCGGUGGCAGAGUUAACCUGUUAACUUUCAUAGGCCUAACUGUUUUUUAACCUGUCAACUUUCGUAACUGUUUUUCUUUAUUCGA